AUGCGGCGCGACUUGUCCCGAGAGCGCGUCUUCUUCCUGCUCGUGCUGGCCGCUGGGCUGCUGGUGCUGUCGGGCCUCAUGCUGCGCCACGAGAGCGCCGUGCUGCCCGCGCGCACCUUCCGCGAUGGCUUCACGGUGGCCGAGGGCGUGGUACGGCGCGCGGAGAUGACGGAGGACGGCGACGAGAUCACCAUCAAGCGGUCAGCCACGUCCAAGGGCAACAAGAUCACGACCAUCUCGCGUGACGAUAAGGGAAAGCUCACGAUCGAGGACGCAACGGCCGAGGAGCGACGCACAGAGGCAGAGACCGAGGCCGACGAGUCCCCCAAGGCAGAGAAGGAGGAUACAUUCGAGGAUAUCCCCACUGGGUCCCCCAGUGCCAUCCUCGAGCAGGAUACAGACGCACAAGAGGAGGCGGUGGUCGUGAGCGGCGGCAAGAAGGUGACCGUGGUGCAGGUGAACCGGUCGCUGACCAAAGUGAGUCUAUCAGACGUAGAGGAAGAGGUUGAGGAGGAGAAUGCCACCAGGUAG